CAAGAUUUGCAAUUUCUGCCAUCGUUCUGUCGCUGGUUGACCCGAUUCACCUAUCUUUCUCCGUCGCGAUUUCUCUCUCUCUGCGUACUUCCCCGCCUGCGAUCGCGACCCUAUAUCGUCGCCGUCGGGUGGUUGGAUUCGACGAUCCCUUGCGCCGAAUCGAGGUGAGAAGAGCGAGGAACCGAUGGGGGUCAGGCAGGCCCUGAAGAGCCUCGACGCGUUCCCGCGCGCCGAGGAGCACCUGCUGCAGAAGACGCAGUCCGGAGCUCUCGUUUCUGUCAUUGGGCUCACAAUAAUGGCCACAUUGUUCUUGCACGAGCUGAGAUAUUACAUUACUACGUAUACCGUUCAUCAGAUGUCAGUGGACCUGAAACGAGGGGAAACACUUCCAAUUCACAUAAAUAUGACGCUUCCAGCCUUGCCUUGUGAUGUUUUAAGUGUUGAUGCUAUUGACAUGUCGGGGAAGCAUGAAGUGGAUCUCGAUACUAACAUUUGGAAACUCCGACUUAACAAAUAUGGCCAGAUAAUUGGUACAGAGUAUUUGUCAGACCUUGUGGAGAAGGGGCAUGAACAUCAUGGGCAUGAUCAUAAGCAUGAUGAUGGUAAGGAUCAUAACAAGGAAUCGAGUGAAAAGACUCAUAGCCAUGGCUUUGAUGAGACUGCAGAGAAAAUGAUUACGAAGGUGAAGCAAGCAUUGGCAAAUGGAGAAGGCUGUCGGGUAUAUGGAGUUCUGGAUGUGCAAAGGGUUGCUGGAAACUUUCACAUUUCAGUUCAUGGGUUGAAUAUAUUUGUUGCUCAGAUGAUAUUUGAAGGAGCUAUGCAUGUAAAUGUUAGUCACGUCAUCCAUGAUCUGUCAUUUGGCCCAAAGUAUCCGGGACUCCACAAUCCACUUGAUGAGACUGCACGAAUUCUACAAGGGGCGAGUGGAACUUUCAAGUAUUAUAUUAAGAUAGUCCCGACUGAAUAUAGAUACAUUUCAAAAGAGGUUUUGCCGACAAAUCAAUUUUCUGUUACAGAAUACUUUUCGCCAAUGAAUGAGUAUGAUAGGACCUGGCCAGCGAUUUAUUUCCUGUAUGAUUUAUCACCCAUCACUGUGACUAUCAAAGAAGAACGCCGUAGUUUUCUCCAUUUCAUCACUCGGCUUUGUGCUGUACUUGGUGGUACAUUUGCUUUGACAGGAAUGCUUGAUCGUUGGAUGUACAGGCUUCUUGAGGCCCUCAGUAAGCCAAACCCGAGAAGCGUAUUCCGAUAAGGUUGGGGAACUUUGAUUGCCAAUCUUUUCUCCUGAAAAUUUUGAACGGAACAUUCUUAAAUUCUAUGGGAGAUUUCUCGCCCAUGCGCCAUUUGGUUAGAUAUGAGGCUGGGGGGUUGAAUUGUAGAUCUCGUCUAAUUAUCAUCAUCACAUCUAGUGUCAGCGGACAAUAGCGAUUUAAUGUACUGAAUGUAUCUUAGUUUUGCCCAAGAAUUCGAUUGUUUCUACAUAUCAGUUCGAGAAAUUUACUAAGACAAGUGAACAAAAUGAAAUUGAAGAGACUUUCUUUUUAAUGUGUGAA